AUGUUUCGUCAUCAUUUCACCAUGAUGCUUCGUCGCUUCCGUCCUGGGUUUACCCGCACAUUUGCUACCAAUUUCAAAGAACGACCAGGCCCGCCUCCCUUAGAUCGUGAAGCACAGCUAGAGUUUGAGCGCCUCCAGAAAGAAGCCAUGGCUAGCGACGCCCCACACCCGGAAGUGCGAAAGGUCUAUCACGAUUUCGAAGGUGAUGUGAACCCCGAGACCGGCGAGGUAGGAGGCCCCAAGCAGGAUCCGCUGCGCCAUGGCGAUUACUCGUUCAACGGUCGUGUUACUGAUUUUUAA